AUGCGCGCCUACCUGAUCUGCCGCAACUUCUCCGUGAACGAUGGCAUGUAUCCCGCCGGCCAUGACCACGGGGGAAUCAUCCAGGGCGUGCCUGUCGCCAUCGGCACCGGUCGAAGGAGCCGCUACCACAACGACGACAUCGAGUCGUCUGUCAGUGAUAGGAGCCGGAGCGGAGGCAGCAGUCCACAAAGCUGCGAAGACCGCCAGGGCAACGCUUCCAGCAGAGCCUUGCACUUUGGCUCCCGCGUGCUCUGA